GCGCCGCUCCGGGCCUCGGCCAUGCCCUCGCUGUGGAGAGAAGUGCUCCUGGAGAGCCUCCUGGGAUAUGUUUCUUGGUCUCUCUGUGAUGGCCUGGGACCGAUGAUCUAUUACUUUCCCCUGCAAACACUAGAACUCACUGGGCUUGAAGCUUUUGCCAUAGCAUUUCUUUCUCCAUUAUUCCUCACAAUUACUCCUGUCUGGCAAUUGGUUAACAAGAAGUGGAUGGUAGCCCUGCUGCGGAUAAUUACCGUUGUUUUGUGGCUGCUUAUCAGUGUGGAGUUGUUGGGAUUAGGACUACGGCAUAAAACCUAUGAGAAGAAAUUGGGAAGAGGGGCACUAGCCACAGAGGUCUCUGCCGCCAUCUGGCCUUUCAGGUUUGGCUUUGACAGUGAAGGAUGGUCUAAUUUAGAAAGAUCAGCUCAACUGCUCAGUCAAACAGGUGCAGAUUUCAUAACAAUUUUGGAGAGCGAUGCUUCUAAGCCCUAUAUUGGGAACAAUGACCUGACCAUGUGGUUAAGGGAGAAGCUGGGUUUCUAUACCGACUUUGGUCCAAGCGCAAGGGGUCACACUUGCGGGAUUAUGGUUUUGUCAAGAUACCGCAUUGUGAAAUCAGAGCAUCACCUUCUUCCGUCACCAGAGGGCGAGAUUGCACCAGCCAUCACUGUUAACAUUUCUGACAAACUGGUGGAUUUUGUUGUGACCCACUUUGGGAAUCAUGAAGAUGACCUCGAUAGGAAACUUCAAGCUAUUGCUGUUUCAAAACUACUGAAAAAUAGCUCUGAGCAGGUGAUAUUUCUGGGAUAUAUCACUUCAGCACCUGGUUCCAGAGAUUAUCUACAGCUCAUUGAACGUGGCAAUAGCACAGGCUCCGGACGUGCAUACCUGAACAAUGCCUGCAUAUUGGUUUAUGCAAGAAUCUCCCAUGCUGAGCUGAGUGACUCUGAAAUUCAGAUGGCCAAAUUUAGGAUCCCUGAUGAUCCCGUUAAUUAUAGAGACAACCAGAAAGUGGUCACAGACCCCAGGGAAGUUCCCGAGAAAAUUCACUUCAAUCCCAGACCAAGGUUCCAGAUUCGAGAAUAGGAUGAUGUAUUCCUGACUCCUGCAUACCAAAAACUGGUUCAGAGGUGUGAAACAAAAGCACGAGGGACACCAACUAACGUGACAUAUAUGAAGUCUCCUCAGCCACACCAACCUUGCCGUUCCUCAACCCUUGGAUCUUGAGACAGAGUGACGACAAAGCAAGGUGGCCCACUGGCAUGUAG